AGUGAUCUGUAUCUUUGGUGCUGAUGUAGAUUUUUUCUUUCUGUAAACUUUAUUAAACAUUAAGUGAGUUCACUAGUUUUAUGUAGUUGGAGGUGAAUGUGUUCGUGGUUUGACGUUUAAGAAAGAGGUGGAUGGAGUCACGUGGUGUAGAAGCUCAGGUCCAUCUGAGCUUGACUUCUUGUGUGAGGAGCAUCACUACGUCAGUUGAUCCCAAGCACAUCACUGAUGCUCUACACACACUCACACACUUCCUGCAGGAUGGAGAGGCCUCCACCCCAGAAAGAGCCGAAUUUGAACGGGUGUACUACACACCCAUUCUGCAGGCACUGCUUAGUAAACUCAGCUCUGAUUGGUUCCACAGCCUAAGUGAUGAACAGUGCGUUGGACUGUGGGACGGAUUCUUUCUCCAAGGUCCCCCAGACCAAGCCCUGCUUGUGUUAGUGGAGUCCAUCAGCACCAUCAGCGAGGGUUCGUCUCUGGAUCGCUGUGUGAGUGUGUUAGAGGUGUUUCUGACUGCAGGACGUGUUGGUGUGUUGUUGCAGUCAUGCUGUUUGGACCCGAACACACACAGAGACUCCGCCCACCUUAGAGAAACCGUCCUAAGCCGGCUGGCAGCUCUGCCUACUAUCACAGCCAACCGGCUGGGCACACGAACACCUAUGUCACUCUCUCCACAGCAGUACUACACACACCUCGCCCAUCACAUUUUUAGCGUGUUGGAGAAGAUCUGUGCAGUCCUCAGAGCGGGACAGGACUGUUCUCUGGUUUUUGCUGCUCAGAUAUUGGGGAAAGUAUGUAUGCAGGGACAUGGAGAGUUGAUGUUUAAGGUACUGGCUCCCCGACUCUCCUCUCUAACACACUCGGAUGCUUUGUGGAGGCGUCUCAGCUGCAGACUGUUGGAGAAUGUACCAGAGCGCUGGGUGGAGAGCGUCAUUAACCCUCUUAUACACAACCUGCACAGGGCAUCAGCAUUGUCAAGGGUGAUGGGGAAUCUAGUGCUGAAGAAUAAAAAAGUUCAGUUUGUCCUGACCCACAAACUCCUGCUGCUGCAGUAUCAACACCCGGUUCAGGUGGUGAGGAGUGUGUUGGGUUAUCUGGCACUGGAUGAAGAGCGACGGCCGCUUCUCAAACAGGUGUUGCGCAGUGUGUGUCAGGUGUGGUGUAACAGCAGUGCAGUGAAACACACACUGGUGGAUCAGCAGCUGUACGUGAGCAAAACACUGCUGCUGUGUGUCAGUCUGCUCCACUUUACUGAGAUCCAGGAGCUACGAGAUGAGUUGUUGCAGUGCAUGCUGGGAGGAGUGCAGUGCCGCUUGGACAGCAGUGUUGAGCGUGUGAGGAGGAUUGGCAUGGUGGUGGGUGAAUGUAUCAGCCAGAAACUGGACAUGCCUGCCUCUCAACUCAAAUUCCAGUAUGAACGAGAUGAUGAGUGUAGAGAGUUGGUGUCUCUAAUGGAACCUGACUCUGAAGAGGACGAUAAUGAACAGCAGCAGCCUGAUACACAAAGACCUCAGUCCAGUGGUUUAUUGGAUGAACUGGUAAUGUCAAAGCCUUCCACAACCAAUCAGCCAUCAACAACUGGACAAGGCAGUGGUUCUGAACUUGACAGUGAUGACGAGCUGAGUCCAUACGACAUGUCUGCUGAUCAGCCAAAGCAGAAGGUGUCUCCACCCCGCUAUGUCCGGGACUGCCUGGAGGCUCUGAUGACAUCUGAUGACCCAGAGAGGGUGGAACUGAGUCUGCAGGCAGCUGAGGGGCUUCUGAGGAAGAAUGUCAGUGCCACACAAGAGGUCAGUGUACAGUUUAGUAAGGUGCUGUUACACCUGGAGGACAGGUACAACACCAUAGAUUUCUAUACACUCCGACAGAAUGCCAUGGUGGCCCUCGCUGUGACACACACACAGCCGGUUGUGGAAUAUCUGACUACAGAGUUUUACUCACUGAACUACAGUCUGAGACAGAGAUUAGACAUCCUGGAGGUUCUUGCCAUUUCUGCCCAGGUACUCUCUGAGCCAAUCAAAGAGAAGCAGUCUGGUUCCAAGCCUGUUGCUACAAUGACUACCCUGGAGCACCGUAGUGAGGUUGAGCACUGGCAGCAGGUCGUGGCAAAACGCAUUCAGAGCAAAACAAGGCGCAUCAGCACGGGUGUGCAUCAGCCUCCUAAAGCCACUCCAAACCGCUAUGCUCCUGUCGCUGGUCACUUCUUCUUUCCCCUACUGAGGAAUUAUGAUAGGUCGCAGGUCACAUUUGACCUUUUGGGCAGUGACCACCUGGUGUUGGGCAGAUUGGUACACACUCUGGGACUGCUGAUGCACCUGGCCAUCAAUGCUCCAGUGGCGACACAGAUGGGAAAAGCUCUCCUGGACUUUGUGUGGGCAGUUCGCUUCCAUGCAGACCAGAUGGUAAGAAGGGGUGUGUUGUUUGCUGUAUGUGCUGUGUUUCUGAGCAUGCCCGGUGAGAACCUGCUGCUGAAACUCAGUGAUGAUCUUGUGGAGACCAGAGCAUGGCUAGCAGAUGUAGCAGAGGGUGAUCCUGAUGCAGACUGCAGAAGUUUGGCUGUGCAAGGUUUGGUGCUGCUGGAGAAAAAUCUUAAAAGUCAACUACAUAACACCGCACUGGAGACAUGACCAUGUGUGUUUACCACACUCUCUGUAUGCUGGCUGUUGAGAAGUGUGUAUAUAUGAAUUUCAAAUAAGAAAUACUUGUGCACAAUGUCAUAUUUUUCUAAAUAAAAAUGAUAAAUACAAUUAAAAACCAUUACAUUAAAA